AUGAGUAUGAACAAUACAAUUACUUCGUAUCAUACGACAUAUAUAGAUGAAUCAACAGCUAUUGUUGAAUUAAUAUCGAAAGAUUAUGAUUUAACUGGUGCCAUUUUAUUUAUUAUUGUUGUUCUACUCUGGUAUUCAAUGGGUAUGGUCUGUAUGUUAGGUAUGCAAAUAAAAGUGCGCGAUGAAACAUUUGAAUAUUGUGAAAAACGUCGACCAAACAUAUUAAUCGAAACUCUUCGUGAUCAAACACAUACGAAACAAAUACUUGAAGAACUUGUCGAUAAACAAAAACGUGAUAAACUCUGGGAUAUUUAUCUAGGUACAACAGAGAAUAAUAAUGAUAAAUUAAUACGUGAUGAAAUAAAUCGUAUAAGAAAUAUUGAAAAACAAUUAGCUAUUAUAAAUCAAAAUCGUAUACUUAUUAAUGAAAGUUUAAUAUCAUCAUCAACUUCAAAUAAUCGUAUAAAUUCUGAUACACAAUCAAUAAUUAUACCUGAUUUAUCAUCCAUUGAAAAUCGAGUACGUGUUCGACGUCGUUCAUCAUUAGAUCAACAAAUUAUUGAACGAUGGAAAACUCUUGUUGAACAAUGUAAAACACAUGAACAAUUACCAUGGACAAUACAAAAAUUAAUGAUUCGUCGACAUUUUCGACGAUAUUGUAAAACAAUGUUACGAGAACCUGAACAUAUAAAUACAUCAAUGUAUGAACCAUCAGAAUAUGUUAAUAAUAAACAAUAUGAUUUAGUAAUGAAUCGAAAAAUGAAUAUGGAAAAUUAUCCACAUGUUAUUAAUAAACCUGAUCAUCAUGUUAUUCAACUAGAUAGUACUGAUUGUCAAUAA